AUGUUGUGGCUCCCGCAGCCGGCGCUGGGGACGCGCGCGGACGAGCCUGGGGCCUGCAGCCGCCACCGCCGCCAGGUGGUGUUUGGACACUAGGCCAUGUGCCUAGGUGGAAGUUUUUCCUCUCUCCACAGCUCCAUUCCCCCCAGCAACGCUCGCCACACCCUUGUUUUGAGAACCUCACUAAGGUGUGAUGUCUAGGCUGACCUGAGCUGGCCUUGAAGAGCUGAGGAAUCCCUUGCCAGCAUCCAGCCAUGGGGGAUAUGAAAACCCCAGAUUUUGAUGACCUUCUGGCUGCUUUUGACAUCCCAGACCCCACCAGCCUUGAUGCCAAGGAGGCCAUCCAGACGCCCAGCGAGGAGAAUGAGAGUCCCCUCAAACCUCCAGGCAUGUGUAUGGAUGAAAGUGUGUCUCUGUCUCACUCAGGAUCAGCCCCAGAUGUGCCGGCCGUGAGUGUCAUUGUUAAGAACACCAGCCGCCAGGAGUCAUUUGAAGCGGAGAAAGACCACAUUGCUCCCACCCUUCUACACAAUGGAUUCCGGGGCUCAGACCUGCCUCCAGAUCCCCACAACUGUGGGAAGUUUGAUUCAACUUUCAUGAAUGGAGACAGUGCCAGGAGUUUCCCUGGCAAGCUGGAGCCUCCCAAGUCAGAGCCGUUACCCACCUUCAACCAGUUCAGUCCAAUCUCCAGCCCCGAACCCGAGGAUCCCAUCAAAGAUAACGGGUUUGGGAUAAAGCCCAAGCACUCUGACAGUUAUUUCCCACCCCCUCCUGGGUGCGGGGCUGUGGGAGGCCCAGUCCUGGAGGCUCUGGCUAAGUUUCCAGUCCCGGAGCUGCAUAUGUUUGAUCAUUUUUGUAAGAAAGAACCUAAGCCAGAACCCCUGCCCUUGGGGAGCCAGCAGGAGCACGAGCAAGGUGGGCAGAAGGCAGUGGAGUCUCACAAAGAGCUGGAUGCCAGUCGAUUCUUUGGGGAAGCUUUGGAGUUCAACAGCCACCCUAGCAACAGUAUCGGGGAGCCCAAGGGGCUUGCCCGGGAGCUUGGCACCUGCUCAUCAGUCCCCCCCAGGCAGCGUCUUAAGCCAGCUCAUUCCAAGCUGUCCUCUUGUGUGGCAGCCUUGGUGGCCCUACAGGCCAAAAGAGUGGCCAGUGUCACUAAGGAGGAUCAGGCUGGCCACACAAAGGAUGCCUCAGGGCCCACUAAAGAGGGUUCUAAAGGCAGCCCCAAAAUGCCCAAGUCACCAAAGAGUCCCCGGAGCCCUCUGGAGGCCACUAGAAAAAGUAUCAAGCCAUCGGACAGCCCUCGGAGCAUCUGCAGUGACAGCAGCAGCAAAGGCUCCCCUUCUGUGGCUGCCAGCUCUCCACCAGCGAUUCCCAAAGUCAGAAUCAAAACCAUUAAGACAUCAUCAGGGGAAAUCAAACGGACCGUCACAAGGAUCUUACCAGAUCCUGAUGAUCCAAGUAAGUCUCCUAUUGGGUCACCUCUAGGGAGCGCCAUUGCUGAGGCCCCAAGUGAAGUGCCAGGGGACGAAGUACCUGUGGAGGAGCACCUUCCUGAGGCAGGCACAAAUUUAGGGAGCCCCCAGGGUGACAGGAAAGGAGAUGAGAUCAUGACAAAGGCCAGUGACUCUUCCUCUGCCUGCUUCAGCUCGGGGCCCCGGGUCCCAAAGGGGGCUGUGCCAGGCUCACAGACGGGCAAGAAGCAGCAGAGCACAGCACUGCAGGCAUCCACCCUGGCCCCUGCCAGCCUCCUUCCCAAAGCUGUGCACCUGGCCAACCUGAACCUGGUCCCCCACAGUGUUGCCGCAUCAGUGACAGCCAAGUCCUCAGCUCAGAGACGGAACCAGCCACAGCUCACGCAAAUGUCAGUGCCCCUGGUCCACCAGGUGAAAAAGGCCGCCCCACUGAUUGUGGAGGUCUUCAACAAGGUCCUCCACAGCUCCAACCCCGUGCCCCUCUAUGCGCCAAAUCUCAGCCCGCCUGCGGACAGCAGGAUCCACGUGCCGGCCAGUGGGUACUGCUGCCUGGAGUGUGGAGAUGCGUUUGCCUUAGAGAAGAGCCUGAGCCAGCACUAUGGCCGGCGGAGCGUCCACAUUGAGGUGCUGUGCACUCUGUGCUCCAAGACGCUGCUCUUCUUCAACAAGUGUAGCCUGCUGCGGCAUGCCCGCGACCACAAGAGCAAGGGGCUCGUCAUGCAGUGUUCUCAGCUGCUUGUGAAGCCCAUCUCUGCGGACCAAAUGUUCGUGUCGGCCCCUGUGAACUCCACGGCACCAGCAACCCCGGCCCCCUCGUCCUCUCCCAAACAUGGCCUCACUUCGGACAGUGCCAGUCCUCCUCCUCCAGCCUUGCCGCUCUACCCCGACCCGGUGAGGCUCAUCCGGUACGCAGUCAAGUGUCUUGAAUGUCACAAACAGAUGCGGGACUACAUGGUCCUGGCUGCACAUUUCCAGAGGACGACAGAGGAAACCGAGGGGCUGACUUGCCAGGUAUGCCAGAUGCUGCUGCCCAACCAGUGCAGUUUCUGUGCCCACCAGCGGAUUCAUGCACACAAGUCCCCCUACUGCUGCCCGGAGUGUGGGGUCCUCUGUCGCUCUGCCUACUUCCAGACCCAUGUAAAGGAGAAUUGCCUGCACUAUGCCCGCAAGGUGGGCUACAGGUGUAUCCACUGUGGUGUCGUCCACCUGACCUUGACCUUGCUGAAAAGCCACAUCCAGGAGCGACACUGCCAGGUUUUCCACAAAUGUGCAUUCUGUCCCAUGGCCUUCAAGACUUCGAGCAGCGCCGCGGACCACAGUGCCAGCCAGCAUCCGACCCAGCCCCACAGACCCUCCCAGCUCAUUUAUAAGUGCUCCUGUGAAAUGAUGUUCAACAAGAAGAGGCACAUCCAGCAGCAUUUUUACCAGAAUGUCAGCCAGACGCAGGUGGGCGUCUUCAAGUGCCCCGAGUGCCCACUCUUAUUCGUGCAGAAGCCGGAGUUGAUGGAGCAUGUCAAGAGCACCCACGGUGUUCCCCGAAACGUGGAUGAGCUGUCAAGCCUCCAGUCUUCAGCGGACACGUCCUCAAGCCGCCCUGGCUCUCGAAUUCCCGCUGAGCCCCCAGCCACUAAUGUGGCUGCCCGGAGCAGCUCCCUGCCGUCUGGCCGCUGGGGCAGGUCCGAAGCGCAUCGCAGGGCUGAAGCCAGGCCCCGGCUGAGAAACACUGGCUGGACCUGCCAGGAGUGCCAGGAGUGGGUUCCUGAUCGGGAAAGCUAUGUGUCCCACAUGAAAAAGAGCCAUGGUCGGACGCUGAAGCGGUACCCGUGUCGGCAGUGUGAGCAGUCCUUCCACACCCCCAACAGCCUGCGCAAACACAUCCGCAACAACCACGACACAGUGAAGAAGGUCUACACUUGUGGGUACUGCACAGAGGACAGCCCCAGCUUUCCGCGGCCCUCCCUCCUGGAGAGCCACAUCAGCCUUAUGCAUGGCAUCAGAAACCCUGAUUUGAGCCAGUCGUCCAAAGUCAGAUCUCCGAGCGGACAUUCCUCUCAGGUGAACCAUCUGAAAAGACCAGUCAGCGGAGUGGGGGACGCCCCAGGCACCAGCAAUGGCGCAACUGUCUCUUCCACCAAAAGGCAUAAGUCCCUUUUUCAGUGUGCAAAAUGUAGUUUUGCCACAGACUCAGGGCUCGAGUUUCAGAGCCACAUACCUCAGCACCGUGUGGACAGUUCCACAGUCCAGUGUCUGCUCUGUGGCUUGUGCUACACCUCUGCCAGCUCCCUUAGCCGCCACCUCUUCAUCGUCCACAAGGUGAGAGACAAGGAGGAGGAGGAAGAAGUGGAGGAGGAGGAGGAGGAGGAGACAGCAGCAGAGGUGGCAGUGGCCGCUGCGGAGCCAGUGGCGGGCUCUGGGGAGGAGGUGUCCAUGGAGACUAGAGAGAACGGACUGGAAGAGUGUGCCGGCGAGCCCUUGUUGCCCGACCCAGAGGCAAGGAGAUCACUGGGCCUGGCCCCUGAGGAGGACGGUGCCCCAGAUGCUCAGAGUCAGCCACAGGCCUCUCAGGACCAGGACAGCCACACACUGUCCCCUCAGGUGUGACCAGAGGCUUUGCAGUGUAUGCGGUUGGGGUGCUGCCAUGGCGUCCUCCGCCUGCCGUGCAGACCAUGGGAAACAGAAGGCUCUGCCCCGGGUGUGCGUGUGGCCGGCUGUGCCCUGGAGCAGUGUCCGCCCCGAGCUGCUGGUGCUGGGUAUCCCCCAGCCCCGGGAAACAUGGGGUCAGCAGGACCUCACGGCUCUGAAUUUGCUUCUGUUAUUUAUGGCUUUGUGCUGCUGCUUGGUACUCCAACUCUGGUCUGUCCUUCUAACCCCAGUGCUGUCAACUCAGCUUGAAACCCCUCAGCGGCUGUGCUCUUCUGGGAAGUUCCCGCUUGCUGCCUUUAGCCAGGGGACUCCUCAGAGCUCUGUUUUCCUGCAGACGCCAGCUCUCCUUCCUGCCUUCAGAGCCUGAGAAGGAGGGAACGAGGGGUGCUGACACAGUCCCUCUGGGAGAGCUCUGCCCAGCCUGGCUUGGCGAGGGCCCUUGGUCACCUUGCUCUUCCUUCUUGUCUUCUCUGAUUCUUUUCCUCCAAAAUAGUCCUGAGAACUGAUUGUCACACUCGCUCAUCGUGUCUCUGUGGGUGGGAGAAACUUGUGCAGCACACUAUCGGAACCCGGGGAGGGCAGGAGGUGCAGCGCAGGCAGGCGGGCUCUGAGAGCCAGACCCCUCAGAGGGCUGUGGGUGGGUCUUUGUUCUGCUGUUCUGCCUUUCCUGACAGGUGGGGUUUGGGGCACACAGACGUUGGAAUAUUUGUACUCUUGCUCCUGUGCCAUUAGAGAGGCUGCUGCCCCAGGCAGGCCAGCCCCUCCUCCUCUUGGCUACACUCAUGUUGCUCAGACUAUAUUUCAAAUAAAAAACCUUCUUACCAUGCAGGUAGGCUCUUGUAUUCCUCUUCAAAUGAGCCUGGCCCUUCCCUGUUCCACCUAAGGGUCUUCUCGGACUCCCCUGUUUGCUCCGUCUCUGAGGGAGAGCAGUGCUGCUCCGGUUUAGGACCAGGAGCCCCUGCCUCCUGGCUCUCUGGAGACCUGCAAGGGCCAGGGGAAGGGCUCAGUAUCAGUUAAAAGUCACCUCCAAGGUCUCCCCUGGGCUAGUGGCACUGGCUUUAGAGCCUGUGGAAAUUUCCUGGGCCCCUCCGUCUUUCCUACAAAUGGAUUCUCGACCUAAGGGAAUCUCCUACUGGUGAGGGGGGGAAAGGAGUGGAAAGGAGGAAUUCUGUAAUUUUCUGGAAAUAGUCAAGAGACCUUGGUAUUGCCACUGCCAUGGGGAACUCAGGUGUGGCAGCAUCGGGAUUAGACUUGGGAGGUGGGCUGUCUGUCGCUGAUGGAGAGUUAGGGCCUGCCCAAGCACCAGGAGCAGGCUGGUAUCCUGGUCUCUAACCCAGGCGUCAUGGGGCUGUCCGGCAGGAGCUAGAGCAGCAAAGGGGAGUAGGUGCUGGCUGGAUUCUUAGAAGUGAUCUUUCAAGGGAGGCAUUAAAUAUCAGUUAUAAAUUAUUAAGUCAGAUAAAUAUGCCUGACUUUUUCACAAUCGAAAAAAACAUAUUUUCUUUCUUUAUCAAAUGCCAGGUUUUCAGUGGAAAUGCUAAUGGCAGUGGGAAAGGUUAGUUCUUGCCUCAGUUUCAGAGAUACUCUGGCUGUCUGUACCCUUUUAAUGAUCGCUGUUCCUGGCAAGGCCACCACCUCCCUGCUCCCCAAGCUGGCAGUGAGGCCAAGCUGGGCCUAUUUCCAGCUGCCUACAACUUUGCUGUUGUCCCUUCCCUAAUGCAGUUGUGGUGAGCCAGCCCUGCCCCCCAGUCCCUUCACAAGAAUGGGUUCUAGAGGAGUUCUGAUAGGAGGGUUCGAAAUGGAUGGCGAGUCCCUUCUUGCCCAGAAAUAGCGGUAGCUGGAGCACAGGCAGAGAUGAUGGAGUUGUAGGUUUGACCGCCCAUUCUGAUCCAUCUCUUCCAGGAAACAGCGUGGGGGAGGAAUGCUGAGCCACUCACUGGGAAACCCAGGCCCUGGCCUUGGUUCUGCCCUUACUCGGAUUUCUUAACCCCCUAACCUUACUGACUCCCCUUCAACAUGGAGUUAGUAAUUCCCAUCCACCGUGGUUCUCAGGCUUUUGUGAGAUCAUGAAUGUGAAGUCAUCUUCUAGUUUAUAAAACACUAUGUGAAUGUGGGGGAUUCUUUUUUGACCUUAGGGCACGGAGGGUGGAGCACACUGUGUCUACUGUUCAGACUUCGGUGCUGAUUAUCAGUUAUGAAUUGGCCCAGGACACCCGUCUGUCAUUUAGCCAUAGUGAUGACAGUAGCAUGUAAAGCCCUGCUCCUGUGCCCAGCCUCUUUCUGGUGAUUCUCUCCUUUGAUCCUCACAAAGAUCUCAUAGUUACCCUCCAUUUUACAGAGAAGAAAACUGAGACUCAGAGAGGUUAAAUGAUGUGCUGGGCCACCUGCAGUGGUGGUGCUGAGUCAAGCCUGUCACCCACAGUGCUGCCUUAGUGACCAAGGCUGUUGUGACUGGCUGCCAGCUUGUCAGUGGUUUGCAGCCAUCCAGAUGGUCGCUUUCCUACUGCCCAUGCGGUUGGGGUGCCCUACCAAGUGCCGGGUUCUCUUUGGAGUCCACAUGCCUUUUCACCCCAAGGAGGAUUCUGUGCAUCACACUUGUGACGUAGCGAAACACGUGCAGUGUCUCCACCACCUUUCAUCCCCACUGGGAUUUGCCUUGCCAUUUGAAGACCAUCCUUGCCAUUUGAGGACCGUCCAGAAGAGGUUGCCUAACCCUCGCAGGGAACACAUGGUUCCCUCAGAGCUCAAUAUCUUCUGAUCUUUCCUUUUUCAAGAUAUUUUUAAUGGUUGUGCUAUCAUUUGUCGUCAUCAGAAAAUGCUUGCUGUAACAAGCACUUAUCUGCACAUUAUGCUGCAGUGAAUGCUCCACUGACCAAGUUAAACAGAUAAGGUCCCCACCCUUCUAGAAACUACAAUUUAAUACCCUCUAAGGCUUGACAAAUGGCUAGUGUUUAUUUUCCAACUGCUUUAUCUCUGUAAAAUGGUAUGCCGAACUACUAUAAGCUAAUUUUAGAAAGAACUUUCCUCUUAUGUAAACAGUCUGGUUUUUAAAAACUUAAUAACUAUAGCCCAGCAAGUUGAGUACUUUGCCUUCCUCAAGACUGAGGAGCCUCUGCCCCGUUCACCACUGUAUAUUCACUACCAGGCAGUUUCUUUCUGUUUGUUUUGAAAAAUUAAUACAUACACAUGGUAAGUCAUUCCACAAUACAAAAGGGUAUACAAUAAAUAUUACAGUAAGGCUUCCCAAUGGAAGUCAGCCUCCAGGCCCCUCUCCAGAGUUAAUCACUGUUAUCUAUAUCUUGUGUAUCCUUUCAGAGCAAUUCUAUGCAUUUACAAGUUUAUAAAUAUGUAUAUUUAUAUAUCUAUUUUUAAUACAAAUGGUAGCAUUCUA